AGCGUAUCGAUGCUUGUUUAGCGUGUAUGAGGAAAUUGCAAAGACUAGAACAGGCAGGAGGGGCAGUUGAAGUUGACCUUUUAAUUUCCUUACAAUUCUCAAUGUUGGAGAUCGAGAUCGUCGCGAAAUUUCGGUUCUGGCUUGCUUAAUUCAGAGUUUAGAGACAGCUUUUCCAGAUUUGGCCAAACUGAAAACAGUUUUAUCGCAUUCUUUUAGAGGAUUUAUUGGUGAGAUCAGAUGAUGGCAGAGGCUAGUGCGCACUCACGAUAUGUGAAGCUAACAAAAGAGCAAGCGGCUAUAGAGGAUAUUAAGCCUGGCGAGCUCAAUCAACCCAUCGAAGUUCCUCAGUUGAAUGUUCGCAAGUGCAACGAAUGUGGGCAGCCUUUGCCGGAAAACUUUGAGCCUCCUGCAGAUGAGCCUUGGACUACUGGAAUUUUUGGCUGUACUGAAGAUACUGAAAGUUGUUGGACAGGACUAUUUUGCCCUUGCGUUCUAUUUGGGCGCAAUGUUGAAAGCCUAAGAGAUGAUACCCCUUGGACCACACCUUGCAUUUGUCAUGCUGUUUGUAUUGAAGGCGGAAUGGCACUGGCAGCAGCAACAGCAAUCUUCCAUGGUGUUGAUCCAAGGACAUCAUUUCUAGUUUGUGAGGGUUUACUUUUUGCUUGGUGGAUGUGCGGUAUAUACACUGGCCUUGUUCGGCAAUCCUUACAGAGGAAAUAUCACCUCAGGAACUCACCGUGUGAUCCAUGCAUGGUGCACUGCUGCAUGCAUUGGUGUGCUUUGUGCCAGGAGCACAGGGAGAUGAAGGGGCGUCUAUCAGAUAACUUUGUUAUGCCAAUGACCAUUGUCAAUCCUCCCCCUGUUCAAGAGAUGAAUUCUGCGAGUGAUAACCGGGAUUCAGAACCAUCAUCUGAAAAGGGAACCAACUUAGAGAUGCAACCUUUGUGAAGAGUUGCACUGGAGUUUAUAUUAAAUUUCAUAUACAAGAUGAUUUUUCUCUAGCUGUAGAACUAUAUCUUUAUACAAGAGACUCUUCCAUGCUUGUGUGCAUCAGAAUGAUGAAUCUUUGCCGGCGUUGAUACAUUUUGGAUAUAUAGAGGGAUGUCUUCCCAAUUCCCAUCA